CUCGAUUUAAGCGAAUGAAUCCAUACACACUAUGCACAAAUUGCUGGCGAAUCGCACAUUUUGAAUUGCGAAUACACGCAUAGUCUGUAGCCACCUUAAUGCCUAUUGUAUAACACGUCUAUUCACUAACUUUCGUUUGUGAACGAUUUUGUGGGCUAUCAAAAGAGUUUGAACGAAACUGAACAAAGGGCAGAAAAACGUUAUUUACUAACUUUUUUGUUUAGAUAUCAAUUUUAAGGUUUAUUUGUGAACAAAAAUGAAGACAGAUUUUGUUCAAAGUUUCAUGGCGAAUGUUUGUUAUAAAAUUAGAGGAUGUUUGCCAUUUGUAAACGAAUUCAAUAAUCCAGAUAUCACUGAUCUUUAUUUUAUUCUAAUUUUAGAUGGCUACCAGCAUUUGUCGUGAAACGCAGCACAGAAAGCAUUUGUCGUUAAAAGCAGCUGUUGUCGUAUGUAAAUAGCGUUUGUCAUUACAACUAGCGAUCAUUGUCAGCAUUAGUAAAGAGGCACAUUAAGGAAGUUACCUAUUUGAAUCUACUUUUGAAGGAAAAAAUGCCAAGAAGUCCACUGAGUAUUGAUGGUUACCAAUAUAAGCUGAAUAGAGUGUACAACAAUUUGAGGUAUUACAUGUGUACAAAGUGUGCUCUUCCUUGCUUUGCAAGGGGUGUUUUGAAGCCUGAUGGGAAUUUUUCGCUUUCUGUUUCUCAUAAUCAUCCUCAGGAUUUUGCUGAAAAUCAAUUAUUUUACUUCCGGCGAGAGUUAAGACAGUCUGUGGGUAGGAGUACUAGCUCUUGUAAAGAUAUUUACGAAAGUAUUCGUUUAUUAUAUCCUGAAGCGGCUAAUUUACUGCCAUUUACUGCUGUUGAAUCAGCUAUGUUUAAGUGGAGAAGAACUUGUAGACCCCCAUAUCCUAACACUUUGCAAGAAUAUUAUGACUUGCUAAUAUCAGAAAAGUGGUGUAAUCGAUUGACAUACGAUCGUGGCGCUCUUCAAUGCUACUUCUUAAAGCCUUCAGAAAAUGUUGAAAUAUUGUUGUUUUACAAUCCCACUUAUGUUGAGCCUUUAUUAUCAAAUUGUGAAAUGAACGUUGAUGCAACAUUCAAAUGUGUGCCAUGCAAUGUUGGACUUUCAACGCGCAGUGCGCAGUGUUUUACCAUAAUGGUGACAAUACAUAAUCAUUCGAUACCAUGUAUCUGGGCACUCAUGAGCAAACGUACUGCUGAAGCGUAUGUAACACUGUUUCAACAUUUAAAAAGUAAUUUCCCCAGCAUGACCGCUACACAAAUAAUGUGUGACUAUGAAAGAGCAUUAUAUCAAUCGUUGAUGGAGAUUUUUCCUGAGUCUGAAAUUCAUGGAUGCUUUUUUCAUUUUUGCCAGGCAAUUUAUCGUCAAUCAAAAAAGUUAGGAUUGGGAUCGCUAGUGACUCAAAAUGAACAUGCUCAAUUUGUAUUAAGGAAAAUAAUGGCAUUAGCGUUAUUACCAUGUGAUAUGGCCGUAGAAGGAUUUAAUUUAAUUAAAUCUGAAGCCCCUGACGAUAUUCGUAAUGCAUUUAGUAAUUUUUUUACUUAUGUGGAAUCCACUUGGUUGGAAGGGGUUACACCACAACUUUUUAGUGUGUUCAAUUUAGUUAGACGGACUAAUAAUGCAGUUGAAGCAUAUCAUCGAGUUCUAAAUCAGAAGUUUGGUGUUCAUCCAAAUGUGUGGGCUUUUACAGAGCACCUGGUACAACUUCAAUCAAAAUCACACAAUGAUGUAAUAAUUCUUCACUCUGGUCAAAGGGUAACUAGACUGCCUAAAGUUAGAUACCUACUAAAUGCUGCCAAUAUUUCACGAGCGUGGCGUGAACUGCAAAAUCAACAAAUAUCAUUGUCUGAAUUCUUAGAAAACGCUAAGUACUUUGUCAGUUCACUAGUUCGAACAUUGUUAAGUAAUGAUAAUAGCAGACAUAAUGAUGAUUUAAAUGAUGUACUUCUCAUUGACGGUGCACGCAUAGUCGAAACAAGAAUAGAGAACGCUAUUGUGGAUACAAUGAGAACUGCAAAUGUUAACAAUGCAUCGGAAAGUAACUCAAGAGAUGACAAUUUACAUACAAAUCGACCUACAACACGAUUAAGAACAGCUACAAUUGCAAAUAAUGAAUCUGAAACUAUUAGUUUAAGUAAUACCAAUCGUUCUAGGCGAACACGUCCUAGUAGACCUCUCACACGCAGGGUUAGUCAACGUAGAACGCGACGCAGGACUAGUGUUUCAACUUUAGUCAGCAAUAAUGGCAAUGCUGAUACCUCAACUUUUGCACAAACAACAGUUCAGGCCAGUGUCACAAGAGUUACACCAGAGGAAGAUGCGGAAAUUAUGGAGUUUGUCGAUCGAGUUUUACGUGAAAAUUCUGUUCAGGUUACAGAAUUACAUACUGAGAAUACAGAGUUAUUGGACAACUUCAUUGCUGAUUUACCACAAGGUUCGGCACUUACCUUAGAGUUAGACAGAUCCAGUGUUGUAAAAGAUAUGUUUUCAUUCUACUCAGACCCUAUGGUUACAUUAAAAAGUUUAAACAUUGUGUUCAAAGGAGAGUUGGGGUCAGAUUUUGGUGGAUUAACUAAAGAAGCAUUCACCAUUUUUUGGAAUGAAGUAGUAAUCGACUACUUUCGAGGUGAAGAUGUAAUUAUUCCGUUCCUUCCCUUGCAUCGCAUUCGAAGAGAUAAAAUGAACUUUAAAUUGAUAGGUCGUAUUCUAACUCACAUGUUUAUACUUACCAAAAGCUUACCUACAAAAUUGCCUUUAUGUGUCUAUUUACUAUUGCUGAACAAUGAAGAAAUUUCAGAUGAAAUUAUCAUGAACGAUUUUAAGCUAUUUGUAACUAAGGCUGAAUCAACUCUUAUUUCGAAAGCAAUUUCAUCAUUUUCUCAGUUAUCAACAGUUGAGUUGUACCGCUUGCAAGAAUUUUAUUCAUCCUAUGGGAUGUACGAUAUACCCCGUGAAGACCAAAUACAAGAGCAAAUCUUAACACUUGCAACUGAUAUUUUAAUUAGCAAACCUAAAGACUUUAUUACCAUAAUGCGCAGUGGAAUUCUAGAUACUCAUUUAACUACAGUAUGGAAUGUAAUGACUGUUGAAGAGUUGUCUACUAUAUUAAAUCAGUUGAAACCGUCUCCUCAAAAAGUUGUUGAUUGCAUUGUUCAAAGGGAGCAGGAAUUAACAAAUGACCAAUCACGAGUGUUCUAUUACUUACAACAGUUUGUUUUAUCAUUGAGCGACUCUGAUUUGCAAAAAUUUUUGUUAUUUGUGACUGGUUCUAUUCACCUUCCAUCUUCAAUUUUAGUAACUUUUAAUAAUUUAAAUGGUUUAAAUCGUAGACCUAUUGCACAUACGUGCAGCAAUUUAAUAGAAAUUUCAUCUUCAUACUCGUAUUAUCAAGAAUUCACUCGCGAAAUGAAGCAAUACUUGGCUCACGAUUUUUCAUAUGAAUACUCUCAAAUUUAAUCUUUCAAUUUAUUGUUACAUAUUUCACAUUUGUUUAGGGUUCUACUAGAUGCUUUUAUUAUCAAUCUGUGCUUUACAAUUGUUUGUAUGAUUGUUUUGCUUAUGUAUAUUAAAAUAAAUAUAUUAAGUUCUA